CCAUGUAAUGCUCCAUGGUGCACAUCAAACCAUACUGAUCGAGAGAGGGACACAAAGAGAGAGAGAGAGAUGAGCAACCAUCACAGGUUCAAACUAUCCCAUCUCAUGCCUAACUCUUGGUUCUACAAGCUGAGGGACAUGAAGAAACCCAGGCCAGCAAGCACAAGAAACAGGCAAACAACAAGAACGUGGUCUAAGAGAUCAACAAGCCACUACUACCAUGGAGCCAUCAGUCCCAAACCGCUUCUUCCAGUAUCACCACACAGAUCCUACUGCUACUACCUGAACACAACGCAUAGUACGUCACUUGAGAAGCUACACCCCUCCACCUCCACCUCCACCCUCCAUCGUCUUAACACAAAGGCAUCAGACAUCCAAUUCCCCACAGAUCACCACCGCCGCCGCCCAGCAAGCCGCACCAUGGUCAUCGAAUCCAAGCACGAGUUCCAAGACUUGCAGCUACGUCCGAUCCGCACAAGGGCAGUGCUCACCGGAUCUAUAAGCGGAACAAGCCCGAGCUCGCCGAGGCUGAGGAGCAGAAGGUUGCCGCCUGCUCCCAAUGGCGCCGGUGGCAUCAGUACUACGGGCAGUGCUAUUGGUGGUGGCCGGCGGAGAACCGCUGCUAGGAGGAGCUUCGCCGUCGUGAAGGCGUCGGCAGAUCCGCUCAGGGAUUUCAAGGAGAGCAUGGUGCAGAUGAUCGUCGAGAACGACAUGAGCGCGCCGGAGGAUCUGCAGGAGCUUCUUGAGUGCUACUUGUCCCUCAACUCGAUGGAGUACCAUGGCGUUAUAGUGGAGGUUUUCAGAGAAAUUUGGCUUCAGAUUGUCCACGACAUUAUUGAUGAAGAUUGAGACUAUUAUGUGAUGUAAAUAAGAAACCCAAUAUAAUGCAUGUGUGUAUAUGAUUUUACGUACGUAUGAGUAAACAAUGUAUGUUCAUGCUAAAUUAUU